AUGAGUGAUGUAUUUCUCUACAUUUAUGACUUAUCCAUGGGUAUGGCGAAAGUGCUAUCCGAAUCACUUGUAGGGAGGCGAUUCGACGGUAUUUGGCACACAGGGGUCGUUGUAUACGGAUGCGAAUAUUUUUUCGAUCAAAGUGGAAUUAGUACUUGUUCUCCCGGUUCACUACAAAUUGGUCAAUUACUAGAGCGGAAGCUAAUAGGCAGAACCACUAAAACCUAUAUUGAAUUGCAAGCGUUCGUUGAAAUAAUGUCGCAGUCUCUUUUUAAGCCAGGAUCUUAUGAAUUGCUUAAGCACAAUUGUAAUACGUUUUCGGCAUAUUUUGUGAGGCAUCUAACGGGACUGGAAAUACCAUCUUACAUAACAAGCUUGCCGUCAGAUUUUCUUGGGACACCAGUAGGAUCAGCCUUACGGGGAAUUCUGGAGAAUGCCGCCAUGAUUUCUGACCCAUCAGUGUCACGAUUCUCUCAUUCAAACAAUUUAUUACGUCGAAGGUCAAUGCCAUCAACUGUCAGACCUGUAUUGUUUGACGAGCCAAUUUCUCCGGAAUUUACGUCAAAUGAAUUGACAACGAUGUUUUCCGGCGGUUCUGGCCUUUCUUUACAAUGGGCGAAUACUGCACUGUCAAUUCUUAGGAGCUUGAGUUCACCAAAACUUGUCUCAGAGGAUAUCCCACUCGAGGCAUUAAGUCUGCUAAAGUUUAACCGAUGGGCAACUUUCAAACAAUGUGAGGCCAUAUGUGAGGUGUUUCGAUUGGCUGUGUGGCGCUGCCCUGAAUUAAUAGUUUCCCUGAUUACUGACCCAAACGAAAGUUUGCAUAAACUCUCGGACGCUUACCCUUCCCCAAGUGGUCAAAUUUCACGAUCGGCUUACUUUGACCUUGAUGCCGCAAAAUCUCAUCUGCUGUGCAAUGUCUUUUCGCUAAGUUAUGAUUGGGAUCUAACCAAUCUUAAUUUCAUACCUCUAGGGCCUGUUGUUGCCCUCUGCAAUCGACUCAUUAGUUGUGAUGCCACUGAAGAUAAGCCUAAUCGAAAGCCUACACCAAAGUCACCGGAGCAUGAAAUGGCUGGUCUUGCCUUGACACUGAACCUUGCAUUGUGUCCGUUGCUAGGAGAACAGGAGGCAUUGGAAGUUUCUGCAUCCUUAUUUCAUCUUGUGGUAACCAAAAAGGGCUUUAAACACCCAACCGGAGCUUGUUACGUUCUAAAGGCCAUUUACGUUUUUAUUAAAAGUUUCCCAACUCUUAUUGACUUGGCCAAAACCCUGGGUAUUGCCGCACAUGUUCCAGAGCUUUCAAGUCAGGCUGAGCAUGCCGAAGAUGACCUGGCUGACAACAAAUCCCACGUAGAUGCGAUUGCGUCGAUAAGCGCUGAAUUGAUGGAAAAACUUACCAAAUGA